AUGGCGUCUAUGGAAAGGACAGAAGAUGUCUCGCGUCUCAUCGCGCAGUAUUUUGAGUUGGUGGACCUUCGAAACCUGACCAUACCAUCGUCAAAUGUCCUCAAAAACCCCGUUACGCAGAACCGCCUCUACAAUGAGAUGUUCAACGAGGACCCUCUUACUCCUGUCAUACCACCAGCUGCAUAUAGACUGAGACUUUUGAAAAAGAUCAUUGCUGUUAUUGAAAAUGACCAGCAAUGGGACCCCGAGGAGGAUGAAAUCAUUGAGCCCUUGAUGACGGCCAUGACUGAUCUGAUGUCGCAACCGACACAAGAGGACUCCUCCAUGUCAUCGCUAGAUACAUCAGAGCCACAGCUUUCUUUCGUCUCUUAUACUGUUCCACAAGAUGGAUGUCAAGAAAGAAAGCAAAUAACGACAUUUGAAUCAAGAGGGUUAAUUUACGGAUCUGGCUCAACUGGGUUUCGUACUUGGGAAGCUGCUCUACAUCUUGGCACAUAUCUCUCUUCUGUCUCCUCUGAUGGAUCAUCAGUAGUAUCAGUUCGAGGCAAGAGAGUUGUAGAACUCGGCGCCGGGACUGGCUUCCUUUCAUUAUUAUGUCAAAAGUUUCUGGGCUCUGACAGAGUACUCAUGACCGAUGGAAAUGCUAAACUGGUGGAUAUCUUUAACGGGCCAUGUUUAGAACAGAAUGGUUUUGUCAGAGGCAAGGACGCUAUCCAAGGGAAACAGUGGUCAKGGGGCGAGCCACUGUCUGCUGGUGGCACAGAGGAGCAAUUUGAUGUUGCAUUUGGUGCUGAUUUGACCUAUGACAAAGCCAUCAUACCCCUCCUCGUCGACGCUAUAUCUCGUCUAUUCUCAUCUCAUGGCGUGAAACAUUUCGUAAUAGCAGCGACCAUUCGGAAUGAAGAUACUUUCGGGGCUUUCCUUGACGCUUGUCGAGAUCAUCACUUCGCCAUGGAGAAAUCUAGCUUCAAAUCUCCAGCCUUCGAAAAUCAGACGGGAUUCUUUCACUCGACACAUGUGCCCAUCUGGGUAUAUAUCAUAUCACCUUCGUUUUGA